CGGCCUCAUGGCGGCGCGGGAGGCCGGGAAGUGGAACGAGACGGCGAUGCUAGUCAUUGACAUGCAGAACGAUUUCAUUUUACCGGGUGGUCCGAUGCAUGUCGCCGGUGGUCAGGCCAUCGUUCCGGAAGUCAUCCACGCCGUCUCUGUUGCGAGGCACCGUGGCAUCUCCGUAAUUUGGGUUGUCAGGGAACAUGACCCCUAUGGGAGAGAUGUUGAGCAGUUCAGGAGGCAUCUCUAUGCUAAUGGCAAAGGACCGACCAUGAGAGGUUCGACAGGUGCCGACUUAGUUGAUGGGCUGACGCCUGUCGAAGGGGAGUAUAAGUUGGUAAAGACCCGCUUUAGUGCAUUCUUUGACACACAUUUGAAUUCUCUUCUUCGAAGUUUGGGAAUCAAGAGCUUAGUUGUUGUUGGGGUUCAAACGCCAAACUGCAUCCGCCAAACUGUCUUUGAUGCUGUAGCAUUAAACUAUGAACCUGUUUCUGUUAUUGUUGAUGCAACCGCUGCUGCUAACUCAGAAGUUCAUACCGCUAAUAUUCAGGACAUGCAGAACAUUGGAGUUUCAACUCCAACUCUGCAGGAAUGGUGCAGCGCUGAUGCUUAGAUUUAAUUAUUGGUACUGUUUUUUUUCUGUAGCUGAUCAAUCAUAUAGUUAAGUACUUGGGGCAUUUACAUACAUACUACCCAAUUCUUAUGUUUUUACAUAUCUAACUCAUAAACUUUACUUUUUGCAU